AUGUUCGCCCAACGGAUUUUCCGCCCGGCAAACCAGCUGACCCAGCUAACAAACCCACAGCAGGUGCGCCGGUAUGCAUCCACGGAUGCGCCCAAGAGCGGCGGCAGCAACGGCCUGCUCUACACGGGUGUCGCGCUCGCCGCCGUCUCUGGUGGCUACUUUUACAUGCGCCGCAACACGCCCACCGGCCAGGCGGGCAAUGCGCCGCCCUCCGCCGAGGCCAACAAGACACCGGCGUCGACGGCCGGACAGAUCGCAAAGGCAGCCUUCACGGGCGGCGAGCAGGGCUUCCUGUCUCUGAAGCUCGACAAGUCGGAGAUCAUCAACCACAACACCAAGAAGCUCACCUUCUUGCUGCCCGAGGAGGACAUGGAGAGCGGCCUGCACGUUGCCUCUGCCGUCAUCACCAAGUACAAGGGGCCCGAGAUGCAGAAGCCCGUCAUCCGGCCCUACACCCCCGUGAGCGAUGUCGACCAGAAGGGCACCGUCGAGUUCAUCAUCAAGAAGUACCCCAACGGCCCCAUGUCGGAGCACUUGCACAACAUGGAGCCCGGCCAGCGGCUUGACAUCAAGGGCCCUAUCCCAAAGUAUCAGUGGAGCCCAAACAAGCAUGAGCACGUUGCCAUGAUUGCUGGUGGCACCGGUAUCACGCCCAUGUGGCAGGUCGCCAACGCCAUCUUCAAGAACCCCGAGGACAAGACCAAGGUCACGCUCGUCUUUGGCAACCUCACUGAGCAGGACAUCCUCAUGAAGCACGAGCUCGAGCGCCUCGAGAAUACCUACCCUCAAAGGUUCCGAGCUUUCUACGUUCUUGACAACCCGCCCGAGCAAUGGCGAGGCGGAAAGGGCCAUGUCACCAAGGAGCUCCUGAAGACAGUCCUACCCGAGCCCAAGGAAGGUGAGAAGAUUAAGAUCUUCGUCUGCGGUCCCCCUGGCAUGUACAAGGCUAUCAGCGGCGGCAAGAAGAGCCCGCAAGACCAGGGCGAGCUUGCAGGCUACCUGAAGGACCUCGGAUACUCCAAGGACCAAGUAUACAAGUUCUAG